UUUAACGCGUGUACUUAAAAAGACGGGCGCCACCGUUCACCAACACAAGCACGACCAUCCCAUCAGCACUCAUGCCCGCGAGGUGAGACCGCUGCUGAGGGUGGGACUCGGACACCUGGAAGUGGACCAUGGCGGCUGCCACGAGCAGCAACACAUCCACAGCCACGCUUCAGAUAAAGCACUCCAGUCUCGAGCAUACGCGGAAACGCAUCGACCCGAGGAGGAGGCAAGCGGCGCUGUCCUUUCUCAGCAACAUUUCUCUGGAUGGACGGCCCGUGCAGGACGAUGCGGGUAGUCAGAGCGAAGGGGAAACCCCGCUGGAAGCUCGGACUAGACAGAGCCUGGUUUCUACGGAGCCCUCCGCGUACGGAGCCGCUGCUGCUGCGGCCGCGGCGGCUGCAGCGGCGGCGGCCACCACCACAGCCACCCAGGCUCUCGCUUUAGCAAACCAGGCUCUCCAUGCCAGCAGCAGGGCCAGUUUUGGGACGGGUCCCACUGCUCCCCCCGCCGGUACAGACGCGGAGGGCGACGCUUUUGUGCCCUCGACGUUCAGCUCGCCUUUCUCCGCGGUCCCAGCCUCGACUAGAGGGAGGCUGCAGACGUACACUCAGGGAAUCCUACCUGCGACCUACUCCAGGCAAGUCUCCCAGAACUACUGCCCGGAGGGCGGACAGAUAGAGCAGCAGAGGUCAAGACGAAGGCUCAUCUCUCAGCGCUCGUCGCUUGAAACUCUAGAGGACAUUGAAGAAAAUGCUCCUCUGCGCAGAUGUCGAACCCUAUCGGGUUCACCCCGACCAAAGAGCUUCAAGAAGGUCCACUUCGUAAAGAACAUGAGGCAACACGAUAUGCGCAAUGGAAGGAUAGUCCUUAUCAGUGGCAGAAGAUCCUUCUAUAGUGUAUUUUCUGUCCUGCCCUAUCGAGAUUGUAGCCAAGCGGGGGAUGCAAAGCUGGAAGGAGGGCGUCAGCGGCAUCCUUCAGGAGGCGCCAGGGAGAUGGUGAUUGGGCUGGAGGGAGUGGAGUUGGGAGCAGAUGGAAAGACUGUGUCGUACACCCAGUUCCUGUAUCCCACUUAUGUGCUGGGUGGCCGAAGAAACACAAUCGACUCCACCUCGUCCUUCUCUCAGUCUCGCAACGCAAGCCACCGCAGCCUCAGCUUGGCCCGAGCCAACAGCAACCAGAGCAGCUUAGACACAGAAAUGGCAGGGAAUGAUUUCGGGGACUUUCGCGAGUACGACCCUAAUCUGCUGGAUGACCCACAGUGGCCUUGUGGUAAACACAAGAGAGUCCUCAUCUUCCCCUCCUACAUGACUACGGUCAUCGAAUACGUGAAACCCUCUGACCUCAAAAAGGACAUGAAUGAAACCUUCAAGGAAAAAUUCCCACACAUAAAGCUGACACUCAGCAAAAUAAGGAGCUUGAAAAGGGAGAUAAGAAAACUGGCCCAGGAUGAGUGUGGCUUUGAGGAACCGACGGUGGCAAUGGCUUUCGUCUACUUUGAAAAACUCGUUCUUCAAGGCAAACUAAACAAGCAGAACCGUAAACUCUGCGCUGGAGCUUGUGUCCUGCUGGCAGCCAAGAUCGGGGGUGAUCUGAAGAAACAGGAGGUCAAACUUCUUAUAGAUAAACUGGAGGAAAGGUUCAGAGUGAACCGCAGAGAGCUGAUAGCCUUCGAGUUCCCCGUGUUGGUGGCGCUGGAGUUUAAUCUGCACCUGCCAGAGCACGAGAUCAUGCCUCACUACAGACGCCUCCUGCAGACCUCCUAGCAUUAGUGAUCCAUCAGGAGGACGACCGCCAGGUUCUCCUUCUGAUCUCCCAGCUUUCCAGUUACCACAGUAUCCAUCCUCUGUCUUCUCUCCUCGUCUCUGUUUGAUCACUUCAAGGUACCUCUGGCUGUUGGCGAGCCACAGCCACUGAUCACUACAGACAGCCCCCUCCUUCCCCUCGUUGGACCGACAUCAGCCAAAGGGACACGUGUUUUUAAGCAAACUUUCCUCCACUGUUUGACUUCUGCAUUCGGCAUCACUACAUGGACUGAAAGAAAAGGGUUCAACUGUCUGGAAGCAAGCUGGUUUUUCUAGUUUGCAUCUCUCACAUCGCAUCCUUCAUCAUUUUGUAUUCUUAGUCCUCAUGUUGACACGAGGCUCUUUUUAAAAAAACAACUGAAUCUGAUAGUGAUCUUUGUCAGUUAAAACAAUCUGUGAUUGUAACAAUUUGAUCCUUUCUUUAAUCUUUUUGUAAACUUUUUAUGAUUGGUUGCCUCAUGAGCUGCAUACAAUUUAAACAGAAGCCUUUUAAGAGGCUGGUUUUGUGGCUGGACUGUUAUUCCUCAGCGUGAAUCAUCUUUUCAUUAAAAGUGCACUUUUUUUGAAGAAGA